CCUCCGAGCCGAUCCCCUCCCCUCCCGUCCCCUCCCGUUCCGAUACGAUGAUGGCCUCAUGCCAACUCCUCUCCCACCACCCCCACCCUUUCAGUUUCGAUGAGAAGAUAUCCAGCGGACUCUUCAAGAAAGGGGCGGCUUCUCCCACUCCUUGCUUUGGCCUCGGGACUUCAUGUUGGAGGAGGACGACGAGGAGUCGUCCGUCGCAUAGAAUCAUGGCUGACUCAACAUCUGGGAGGAGGCAAGUGGAGGUAGUGUAUGAUCCGGAUGAAAGGUUGAACAAGUUGGCGGACGAAGUGGAUAAGAACACUGGACUUUCUAGGCUGUCCCUCUUUUCGCCGUGCAAGAUAAACGUGUUUUUGAGGAUUACUGGUAAGCGGGAAGAUGGUUUUCAUGAUUUGGCAUCUCUGUUUCAUGUUAUAAGUUUAGGAGAUACUAUCAAAUUCUCCUUGUCGCCAACUAAGACCAGAGAUCGCUUGUCAGCUAAUAUGUCAGGUGUUCCACUGGAUGAAAGAAACUUGAUCAUCAAGGCACUCAACCUUUAUAGAAAGAAAACUGGUACCGAUAACUUCUUCUGGAUUCAUCUUGAUAAGAAGGUGCCUACUGGUGCUGGUCUUGGAGGUGGAAGUAGUAAUGCUGCAACUGCAUUAUGGGCUGCUAAUCAAUUUAGUGGCUGUCCUGCUACCGAAAAGGAACUUCAGGAAUGGUCAGGUGAAAUUGGUUCUGAUGUUCCCUUCUUUUUCUCGCAUGGAGCAGCAUAUUGUACUGGUAGGGGAGAGGUUGUUGAGGAUAUUCCACGUCCACUGCCACUGGACUUGCCUAUGGUUCUCAUAAAGCCUCAAGAAGCAUGCUCAACUGCCGAAGUUUACAAGCGACUUCGGCUAGACCAAAUUAGUUCAUAUGACCCACUGGUGUUGCUUGGUGAGAUCACUCAAAAUGGAGUAUCUCAAGAUGUUUGUAUAAAUGAUCUUGAGCCUCCUGCUUUUGAAGUCCUUCCAUCUCUUAAAAGGUUGAAAAAACGUGUGCUUGCUGCCAGUCGCGGACAGUACGAUGCUGUUUUCAUGUCAGGAAGCGGAAGCACCAUCGUCGGUGUUGGUUCGCCAGAGCCUCCAUCAUUCGUCUAUGAUGAUGAUGAAUACAAGGAUGUGUUCGUCUCAGAGGCGUGCUUCUUGACACGCCAAGAGAACCAGUGGUACAGGGAACCGAGUUCACCGAUCACCUAUUCCAGUAAAGAUUUGACUUCUGGAGCAGCACCAACAAGUUGAAAUGAUCUGUCAUUCUCUUCCUGCUCGAUUCGCAAUUUCCUUUACGAAUGAGCAUACAGAUUUAUGUAAUGGCUAAUAUAUGACAGAUGAAAUAGCUUGCAGAAUUGUGUAUGCUUCACAAUUAUAUGAUAUUACCAGCAGCAUAUCAAAAGCCAAAGCUGGGCUUACUUAUUCAA